GGAAAGCCUAAUUGAGACCCGAAAGCCAUUGCAAAUGCAUAAAAAGCGUAGGAUACGAGCUCUCUUCAAACAGUACAGUAUUCAUCAAUACGGAAUGCAGGACCAACUGGAUCACGAGCUGGAGCGGAUCGACAAGCUGCCAAAACUGGGCCUUCUGUGGGUGGAGUACAGUGCCUAUGCACUGGGAGUUAAUAUUGCACCGAGAAAGCGCAGCUCCAAAUACUGUCGAUUAACUCGCAUUGCGGUAUUGAUUGUUAACUUGAGCAUCAUCUACAGUUUGGUCGCCUUCAUCAUGGAGAACUAUAUGAUCUCCUUCGAGACCUACGUUGAGGCUGUUUUACUUACCUUUCAAUUAAGCGUUGGUGUGGUCAAGAUGUUUCACUUUCAGAGCAAAGUAGAAUCGUGUUCCCAACUUGUGUUUUCUACAGAGACUGGCGAGGUAUUAAAGUCACUGGGUCUUUUCAAUUUGGAACUGCCGAGAAAAAAGGAACUGCUGAGCUCAGUUAGUUUGAUUUUGCUUAACAAUUGGAUGAUCAUCGAUCGUCAGGUGAUGUUCUUCUUCAAGAUCGUUUGCAUGCCGGUUCUAUACUAUUGUGUGCGACCAUACUUUCAAUAUAUCUUCGAUUGCUAUAUCAAGGAUAAGGAUACAUGUGAAAUGACCUUGACUUACCCGGCAAUUGUGCCUUAUUUGCAAUUGGGAAAAUAUGAAUUUCCCUCCUAUGUGAUUCGCUUCUUUUUACUUCAAUCUGGACCUCUUUGGUGCUUUUUUGCGGUUUUUGGUUUUAACAGCCUUUUCGUGGUCCUUACCAGAUAUGAGUCUGGUCUGAUAAAAGUACUAAGAUUUCUGGUCCAAAAUUCCACAUCGGAUAUCCUGGUUCCCAAGGACCAAAGAGUCAAAUAUCUUCAAUGUUGCGUGAGGCUUUUUGCUCGCAUAUCCAGCCAUCACAAUCAAAUUGAAAACCUCUUCAAGUAUAUAAUCCUGGUUCAGUGUUCCGUGAGCAGUAUUUUGAUCUGCAUGCUGCUCUACAAGAUUAGCACAGUUCUGGAAGUUGGCUGGGUGUGGAUGGGCAUGAUUAUGGUCUACUUUGUGACCAUAGCUCUGGAGAUCACUCUGUACAAUGUGAGUGCACAGAAGGUGGAGAGCCAGAGUGAACUGCUGUUUCAUGAUUGGUACAACUGUAGUUGGUAUAAUGAGUCUAGGGAAUUUAAGUUCAUGAUCAAAAUGAUGCUGCUUUUUUCACGUCGAACUUUUGUUUUAAGCGUUGGUGGGUUUACAAGUCUAUCCCACAAAUUCCUAGUGCAGGUCUUUCGGUUGAGUGCAAACUUCUUUCUGCUCCUGCGCAACAUGAACAACAAAUAG